AUGCUGAUGAGAUGGGUUACUUUGCAGUUGAAGUCAAUUGGCCAGCUAGCCUUGAUGUUCUACACUAUGUGCAGUGGGUUGAAUCAACUGAUAUACGAUUGCUUCCCUGGCAGAUUGGAUUACUUGGUCCGGCUCCUCGAUGCUUCGCUCCUCCUGGUUUGGAGGAGCUCGGUGGGCGGUCUCUACAGGCCGAACAGUCCCGACGACGACGACGACGACGUCCCCAACGGCCUUGCCGCGAUUUCCAAGGUUUCUCAGGACCAGUCUCCCGGCACCCCAGCCGCAGCGGGCGACUUCGGCUUCAAGGUCUUGACGUCCAGCGACCCUGCUGAGAAGACGAAAAAGUUGUCGGCCGAGCUGGCAAACGGACGCCUCGCGAUGAUGGCUAUCAUUGGCAUGUUCUUCCAGGACGGACUCACUGGCAGCGCGUGGGGAGACUGGGCCAACUACACCGCCUCGCCUCUGCGUGCAUUCGAGAGCGAGCUCGGAGUGCAGGCCCCCCUCGGCUUUUUCGAUCCCUUCGGAUUGACGAAGGACGGCGACAUGGAGGCUUUCAAGCGCCGUCGCGCAACGGAGCUGAAGAACGGCCGCGUGGCGAUGCUUGCCACUAUGGGCUACAUUGUUCCUGAGUACUUCCGCUUCCCAGGAUACUGCGCACCCUCCGCGGGGCUCAAGUUCACAGACAUCCCGAACGGCCUGGCGGCGCUGAGCAAGGUUCCGGGGGCCGGCUGGACCCAGAUCUUCCUCUUCCUGGGCCUCGUGGAGAAGGGCCUCUACACCUUCGACCCCACCCGCCAGCCUGGGGACUACAAGAACGCAGGUGUUCUCGGCGUGCCGAACGGCAGCACCAUGGCUCCUGGUGAAGGCCGCAAUCGCAAGCUGAAUUCUGAGAUUGCCAACGGACGGCUGGCAAUGAUGGCCAUCAUCGGCAUGUUCUUCCAGGACGGUCUCACGGGCAGUGCGUGGGGUGAUUGGGCCGCGUACACCGAUUCUCCUCUCCGUGCCUUUGAGAAUGAGCUGGGCGUUCAGGCUCCGGUGGGCUACUUCGACCCCCUGGGAAUGUCGAAGGAUGGCGAUGAGAAAGUGUUCCGUCGCCGGCGGGAGAGCGAACUGAAGAACGGGCGCGUUGCCAUGUUCGCUACGAUGGGAUUUAUCGCACCGGAGUACUUCCGCUUCCCUGGAUACCUGUCGCCAGCAAGGGACUUGAAAUUCGCGGACGUCCCCAACGGCCUGGCUGCACUCUCGAAGGUUCCUUUCCUGGGCUGGAUUCAGAUCAUCGGCUUCUGCGGCAUGAUCGACUUCGGGCUCUACAGGGCCGAUCCCUCCCGUGACCCGGGUGACUAUGAGAACGCCGGAAUCCUGGGCGUGCCGAACGCCAGCGGCCCCAUGGCAGAUGCUGAGGGCCGAAAGAGGAAGCUGAACUCUGAGUUGGCAAACGGCCGCCUUGCCAUGGUGGCCAUCACCGGGAUGCUCUUCCAAAACGGAAUGUUCGGAACCACUGGACCAGCAAUGUGGGGAUUUUGA